AUGCCAUGCUAUGCGAGAAGAAUGACAACUGCGAAAAGGGAAGAUCAAGAGAUUUCAAGAGACAAAGAGUAUCAGCCAGAAAGGAGGACGGACAGAUGCCGGUGCGUGAGCUUAUAUACACCAGAGUGUAGCGAGACACAAGAGUAUGGCCGACUUCUAGAAGCAGCCCAACAUUUUUUCGCUGCUUCUAUUCUGGCCCAUAGCAAUCUUGCAAGCUGGGAUACCGAUGCCGCCGUCGAAGCCUGUCACUGA